AUGAACCGACAAACUAACAUUAUUGACCACGAUGAAGUCGCGCGAGCGAUGGCCGCAUCCUCGCAGGCCAAAGGAAAGCGAGGCAAUGCAUCGACUCUGGUCAAAACGGACAGGACUAGCAGUUCACCUGUUGCGUGCAAGGUAUCUGGAAGCAGUAUAUCCACUCCAGUCAGACCGAACAAGACCACCACUGUACCUGCAGCGAGAAAGAAAACAAGGACUCCUGUUACUGCUACUCCAAAUCAACAUCCGAGGGGCCAAUUUCAUGAGGUGAAUGGGCUAAAGACACGGUUGAAUGACCAAGAUGGCCUAGGAGACAAGAAGAGACAAGACGCUCGGUUAGCAAAGUCUCUCAUCCACCAUGACUUGGAAAGCCUACUCGGUAUCGUAGAGCAGUAUGCAGGCACUGAGAAGCGAAUAGAGUUCUGCCUCCUUGAACUCUCGAAGGUUGAGGUAGCAACCUGGAUCGAACAGAAUGAAACUCUUGCUCUUGGGCGCCACCCCAAAUCAACAUUACCAGAUACAAAUCCCGCACAUGGCACCGUUCAGGCAAAGAAAACAGUCGCUCCUUCACGUACCCCUAUAGCUCCGACACUGAACAAUGGAACAACAACUCCCACUGUUCCUUACAUUAAGGAAAACAAAGCACAUACAGCUGUAAGGAAGGAUACACGUGAGCAGACCGAUAGCUGGAAGAGACGAAUCCAUGAAGAUGAGCCAGAUGACCAACCGCCACAGAAGCUUCAAAAGCUUCAGAAGCAGGAUACUCCGGAAGAAUCAGUGGCUACAGCUGAUGACCAUCAACCUGAUGCUAUUCAACGGGGCAAUUUGAGUCCUGAAAAAGGAUCAUCAUUGCCUCAAAUCAGCGAGGAAACCAAUAUGCAAAAGGUCGCUAGAGAUCGCGAAGUGCAACAGAUGCGGUUCAUGAGCGAUACUGGGAUGGAUGCUUCCAACCUGGACUUAUCCACCACAAUCGUUCAUGACAAGAAGAAUGACAGAGUGCUUACCAUCACAACCAAUCCUCGUACUGGCGCGAUACAGUUCUUUGACACAACAGUACCCCGAAAUAGAAGUAUUCCACCAAUGCCGCACGCCCCAUUUCUAAAACAAGGAACACACGGCCGCUACGGCGACUUCGCAUACGACUCCAAUCGUACCACAGGCCACGGUCAUCAGAUUACUCCACACGAUCAUCGUAGAUGGAAUGAGUUCAUAGUGUUCAAUAGGAUGUGGUGUCAUAAUAAGCCUCACUCUGUAUCUAGAGGAGAGGCGAUGUCGGCAGAGCGUGAGAUAAAGGAGACAUGGGAGAAGUGGCAGAUCUGGUACGGCGAAUUUGUUGAAAAGUACCCGGGGUAUGCGGUUGCGCACUUGUGGCCAUGUGGCUGCGAGAAGGUGAUUGAGGGAUACGAGAGUGAAGAAGAGUAA